GAGUGUUACGUAUAUCCGGCGAGUAGCUGGCGGUCCCGGGUGCUGCUGGGUUGUUCGCCGUGAGGGAGGGUCCAAGCCGCCCGCUGCUGCCGGAGGAGCUCCGUGGGCCACUCGGGGACUAAGGCCCGCCGAGGCACAGUGAAUUGGCCAAGGCCCCGCAGAUAGCAAGUGUAGUAAGCAUUAAUAAUGUCUUUCAUCUUUGAGUGGAUCUACAAUGGCUUCAGCAGUGUGCUCCAGUUCCUAGGACUCUACAAGAAAUCUGGAAAACUUGUAUUUUUGGGUUUGGACAAUGCAGGCAAAACCACUCUUCUACACAUGCUCAAAGAUGACAGAUUGGGCCAACAUGUUCCAACACUACAUCCAACAUCAGAAGAGUUGACAAUUGCUGGAAUGACUUUUACAACUUUUGAUCUUGGUGGGCAUGAGCAAGCUCGUCGAGUUUGGAAAAAUUAUCUACCAGCAAUUAAUGGGAUUGUCUUUCUAGUGGACUGUGCAGAUCAUCCUCGACUCAUGGAAUCCAAAGUUGAGCUUAAUGCUUUAAUGACUGAUGAAACAAUAUCCAAUGUGCCAAUCCUUAUCUUGGGUAACAAAAUUGACAGAACAGAUGCAAUCAGCGAAGAAAAACUCCGUGAGAUAUUUGGGCUUUAUGGACAGACCACAGGAAAGGGGAAUGUGACCCUGAAGGAGCUGAAUGCCCGCCCCAUGGAAGUGUUCAUGUGCAGUGUGCUCAAGAGGCAAGGCUAUGGCGAGGGCUUCCGCUGGCUCUCUCAGUACAUUGACUGAUGUUUGGACAGUGAAAAUAAAAGAGUUUUACUUCUCUGGACUGAUCCUAUUCACAGCUUCCUCAUGAACUUUUCUAAUAGAACAAGGAAAGCUCUCCAACCAUGUCUGGCGCUGAGAAGCCGAGAGUCUCUGUCAGCUCUCUCAUCGCCCAGUGGUGACAUGUGCUCUUCUCCACACUGUUGGGAGGUAACGUUGCCCCACGUGCUGGUGCAGGUCAGCAUCCCAGGACUUGGAAGGUGGCAGGAUUUGCCGAGUAAAGCUGUGUGCCAUCGUGGGGCACCUGGAAAGAAAAACACGUCUCACCACUGUGGUUGAUUUCAAAAGAAAGUGAUUCUAUUUUUUAAAGAAAGUGUUGUUAAUGUAAUUGGUAUCCCUACUAAUAACUUUUUGAGUUCACAAUUUACUUGGUCCAGAGUUUUCUAUUCCUUUUUUUUUUAAUCUAGUGAAUGGCAUUUAGAUACUUCAUAAAAUUAUGCACAGAUACACAUUGGAGGCCAGAGCUCAGUCAAGUGAACUUACUUGUGUUGAAUCAGCAGGCUGGUGAGGGAAGCCCCCCUGUCUCUGACUGCCUUGUGUGAGGUGGCACCACCUUGUGCACAGGGAGCUAGGAGAGGGCAGAACCCUGGCCUCGCAGUUGAGGCUGGUUUUCACUGUGGCAGGCUAGGGUCAGACUUCAUUGUGGCAGGCUAGGGUCAGACUUCAUUGUGGCAUGUAUAGCAGAUUGUUCACUGCAAAGGAUUUAAUUAUAGAGUGGGUUAUGGUUAUUUUUACUUAAAAAGUUACAAAUUUCAGCCAGUCUUUGCUUUUAUGCAGUUGUAAAAUUUCGUUUUUCUCUGUAGCACCAUUUUCAUUUUCAGUUGUAAAAGUGACUUUCGCCUCAUAAAAGGUUUGAGAACAUCUCCCACAUUGUCACACACUGCAGGUGUGUCUGUCAUUUUUGCAGAUUCUAGAGGAAAUUUUUCUGAAUAGGAGAGUCACACAGGAGAAAGUUAACAGCUUAAUUAAGGGCUCUUAAUUCUCUGAGUUGAGAAUUUAAAAAUCUGGUAUUAUAGCAUUUCUGAAUAUAUGGAAGAUUUACUCAGUGAUCUUUAAAAUUGCCACUUGCAGAAUUUGGUCUCUUACUGGACUCUUCAAGAACUUUGUCUUUUUAUUGGUUAUCAGUUUAUUUUUGGUGUGUAAAGGUUAACAUCUGUAGCUUUUCCAGAUUUUUUUGUUUUUUUAGCAGGGGGUAGAGGAGUAUGAAAUUGCCUUUCUCCAGUCCAGAAAUAAUCUGGGGAAACUCUAAUCCAAGAACUUUGUGUAGAGCUGUUCCCUUUAAGCCAGCAUCGCUUGUCAGUAAGCACCCAUUAUAAAAGCCUCAGCAUCCCAAGUACAGUGACGAAGGUUAUUUUUAUAGCAUUCCAUUUUCCUAAUGCCAUGUGUGAAACUGGAUUUUCAUGAUCUUAACAAUAUUCUACCCUUGUAGUAAUAGAUGAGGAGAUAGGAGAUGGUCUUAAGCUGGGAGGAUAUCUUCAAAAUUCAUUUUUCCUUUAAUGAAAGAUGAGAGUUAUUUUCCUCAAAACUGAAAGUUGUGAUGACGAUGCUUAUAUGCAGAGGAUUGAACUAAAUUCAGUGGAUUCUUCUAGUGUGAGCGCAGGGAAAGUGUGGAUAACAUAUUCUUGGGAUGAGAGUAUUGUUCUUUAGUUGGAUUUCCCAUUGUUAGUCUUCAGUACUGACCUGUUGGGAAAGCAUACUUUUUCACUGCUAGGUAUCAGAUGCAGAGGCUCAAUGAAGUGUAAAGCUGGAAAGAGCAUGCCUUUCAUUUAUUAGCAAGCAUAGGUGGUUUGGAAAGGGGUUAAAGCCUUAAGUUAACAAAUCUAGCUAAUGGUGAAUGAACUAGGUAGUUAACCUGCAUACUUUUGAUUUCCUUUGGCUAAAAGGUAACCCAUACUUCUCUAUCCAGAGACAUGAGGGGUAUGAUUGCUUUAGUGUUAGUUUUCUUUUUUUUUUUGUUUUGGUCCUUUUUUUUUUUUUAGUCCCCAAUCACUUUGUAUCAAGCUAGGAAACUAUGGAUUCUGCACCAGGCAGCUCUUUGUGAAAGUGGUUUAUUUUGGCCACUGGAGAAAGAGUCGAGAUUGAAAAAAUCAAGUGGCAUCUGUCUGUUUCUUGCCCCACAGAAAACACAGUUCCUAUAUUAAGAUAGAGGAAAGAAACAGCUAUGACGAGCUUGGCUCAGUUAGGAUCAGAGCUUUGUACAGGAACUCCCAUGAAUUGAAACUUUCCAUUCUGUUUUAUCAGAGUGCAUAUAUGUCCUAUUUCAGGAAAAGUUAAAUAGUCAUUUACAAAAAAAAGUCAGUCUGUAUCCUAAGCGUUUUAAUAAAAAGUUAAAAUAAACUUAA